UUCCAAGCGCCUCAGUUGCCCUCGAGAGAUAUACGCGCACGCAGAAACGAAGCCCAGAAGCCACAAAAUUUUGUUUGUCCUCAGUGUUAUUUUUUUUUUUUAAUUGAAUCUUUUCUUUAAGAACACGCGGCUUAAGAGUUCUUAUUAUUCUACUUUAUUUUUGUUUACUAAAAUAAUAAUUUUACAUCACAAAAGAGAGACUUUAUUUUUUACUUGUAUUUGUUUCAAAUUUCUUUCGCAUCAAUAAGUUAACAAGUUCCAAACAAAUAUUGAUUUUGUUUAACUAUUAUAAGUAUUUUUAAACGAUCCCGAGCUGGGUGGCUUUUUAUUGCAUUUCUGGGUUUUUCGCUGCACACAGAAAAACAUCAAACGCGUGUCCAGCAGGUGCCAAGCACCGGCAUCGAUAGAUACUUUGAGCUGCCUGCUAACAUAAGUCCAGAGAUUACAAUUCCAAUUCUAGUUCCGCCUAGAAGCUAUACGAAAUGACCGAACGUUUGUACAGCUGGUCGGGUGAUGCUGGCGCCGAGAAUCCAGCCGCUGCCUACUAUGGCGCCCAAUCGCAGCUCUAUCCGACGGCUCUGUGCGCGGACUACAACAACAAUGCCGGCAUUGGAGGUUUGCGCUAUUUCAAUGGACUGCCCGGGUAUACGGCGCCGCCCGGAAUGCUGCCGCACAAGUACACGGGUGGGCCGCCCAUGCCCAGCCAGCUGGAGGUGUGCCAGUACGCGCAUGCGAAUGGCAGCGCCAGUUGCUACAAUCGCAAUCGCUAUAUGCCCUACAAUCACAAUCGGGCAUGCGCGGCCGCAGCUGCUAUGGCAGCGGUCACUGGUCACCCAUUGAUGACGAUGGCGCAGCCGCAUCAUCAGCAACAGCAGCCGCAGCAGCAGGGGUUGGGCUUGGGUCCAGGAGGUAUUGGGGGUGGAGCAGGUCCAGGUGGAGCUGGUGCUUAUGGCGGUGGUUAUCCGCCAAUCUUUGCGCCCAUUUAUCAGCAGCCGCAGCAGCAGCAGCAGACAACUCCACUGGCCACGCCCACCAGCAGUGGUCCUUUGAUGACGCCCACCGUGAGCAUUGCAGCCAGCAGCGCCGCUGCCACAACUGCAGAUUACGGCUAUGGCAAUGGCCUGAUCAACACCAUGGCGCCCAGCAUGGCGGCCAUGUCCUGCUCGGGCGCCUCGACCAUGUCCACCAAUAGCUGUGCCAGCAGCUCCAACGGCGAGUCGAGCACACCAGCUCACACCUUUGCCAGUGUGACCGAUCCCAGCGAUGCGGUCACACUGCAAAUCACCAAUCUGGACUACUCGCUGGAUGAGACCAGUUUGCGUAACUUCCUCAUGAAUCAGCUGAAGCCCAUCACGCCGGUCGUCUCGCUCAACUUUGAGGCGAGCAGCUACGCCAAGGUCACCGUGCCGGAUCUCUAUUUCGCCAAGCAGGUGGUCUCCAAUUUGCACCGCAAGAAGAUUGGCCACAAACGCAUGCUGGUCAGCUACACGCGCGACUCCUCCCUCACGGAGGUCAACACGUUGCGCUGCCAGGUCGCUGGUCUGCUGAAGGACGUUCCGUAUUAUACAUUGCCCAUGUAUAAGUUCCGUGAGCUGUUUCAGUCGCGCUUCAAGACCUCAAUCAGUGUCCUGGAUUUGUACAAGAUGCAGGAUAUCUGCACCAUCAAUGCGGGCAGCAAUGAGGACAAGUUCAUUAGUCUGCAGCCGGAGCUGGUCAAUACGCUGGAGAGUUCGCCCCUGAUGGAGGGACUGCAGCAUAGCGUGCCCUAUUGCACGAUCCAUUUUAAGCGCGAGCAGCACAAGGGCUGGGCCGAGCAGGAGAUCGAGCCGUUGCCCAAUGUGUGCAUGACUAUAGCCGAGAUACAGCAGCUGAUCUAUCCGCUGUUGAAGCACCAUCCGGGCGACAUACCCGUCGCCACUCUGCUGCACUGCAUCGAGGGUCAGCUGAAGGUGCAGAUUGCCGCCAACGAGAGCGGCGUCAAUCUGGAGCACCUGGUCUGCUGUGUCCAGGGCAUACAGAUACAGGUGAACAAUUUCGGCAUCAAGAUUCUCGGCUGGCUGGAGCUCAACAAGGACCUACCAACGGCGGGCAGCACCAGCAGCAACACCAACAGCACCAGCGCCAGCAGUAGCAGCAACAACGGCAACAACAACCUGGCCAAUGUCAGCCUGAAUGGCAGCGAGCGUGGAAAUGGCAAUGGGAGUGGAAAUGGCGGCUCUGGCGGCUACUUCAAGAACUCUGUGGCCGAUCCGCUCUUUCAGAUCUCACGCGAGGUCAUCGAACUGGUGAAGAUGUCGCCCAAGUCCACGAUGAAGUUCAAUCGCUUCAUACCGGCCUAUCACAAUCAUUUUGGCAAGCAAUGCCGCGUGGCUGACUAUGGCUACACGAAGCUAAUUGAGCUCUUCGAGGCGCUCUCCUCGGUGGUCCAGAUCAUGGGCGAUGGCGAGAAUCGCCAGAUAACGCUCACCCAUCGCACACAGAUCAGACGCUUCACCUCGGAUCUGUUGCGGGUGCUGCGCGCCAAUGGCAACAAUUCGGUGCUGCUGUCCCAAUUGCCGGGCAUCUUUGCCCAGACCCAGAAUCGAAACUUUGAUGUCACCGACUAUGGCGUCUGCGACAUUGUGGACAUCUUGGACGGGCUGGUCAACAGCAACAUUGUGGUGAUCAGCCCCGUGCAGCAGGGCAAGGAUAUCCUAAUCUCGAUGCCAAAGCGCAAGCAGACCAACGCCGAGCUGGAGAAGACCUGCGUCUUUGCUGGCGAGAUGGUUGAGCUGUUCCAGAACGCACUCCAGUACACCAUAUCGUUCCAGAAAUUUGUGCGCUCCUAUCACUAUCAUUUCGCGUACCAGUGCCGCCUGAGCGACUUUGGAUUCGUGAAGCUGGCCGAUCUCAUGGACGCCAUACACGGCGUCGUCGAGCUGGAGCUCUCCAGCGACGAGGACAAGAAGAUUGUGCUGUCGCCCAAGGUGGCGCGACGUGUGUUUGCCGAGCAGUGCGAGGAUCUCAUACGCAACGUGACGGGCAACUCCACGAACUGCAUGAAGCUGGAGCAAGUUUUGAAGCUGCACAAGAAGAAAUUUGGCUAUCAAAUGCUGCCACAGACCCUAGGCGCUCCCGACAUAGCCAGCGCCAUUGAGCUGCUGCCCUAUGUGGAGCUGGUCAACAAGGAUCAGGCCACCUGGCUCAUAUGUCACAACGACGAUGUGGAGUUCCGUCAGCUGUGCUAUCGCGCCUGCAAGCAGCUGCUGCAGCGCGAGGCGGGAGCCAAAACAGCCAGCGGAGAGUCCGCACCGCCUCAGCUGGAGCCACUCAGCCAGGCGCAAUUCCUGAGCGAUUUCAAUGCCAAGCACAAGGCCCAGCUGACUGAGUCGGCGCUGCGGGCCAUGCGACAUGCCAUAGAGAUCUAUGUGGAGGCUGAUCAGCCUUGCGUGCGACUCACGCCCUUCAUGCGCUUCCUGGUGUCCAUUGUGCGCCUCCUGGAGCAACGUCCCAGCAUGUAUCUGUACGAGCUGAAGAACAGCCUGGACUGCGGCCUGAGCACCACCUUCGAAUAUGGAUUUCCCAACUUGUAUUCGGUGAUUGUGGCGCACGAUGAUCUCUUUACAAUCAACAUGGGCGCCACGCAGGAGCGCAGCGAUGUGGCCCUAAAUGUGAACUGCGAAUUACGCCUUGGCUCGGGUGCCACACACCAGCAUCUGUUUGGCUCACUGAAGCUGCCCUAUGCCAAGCACAAGGCACAGCGCAGCGCUCGCACACCGCUGGGCGAGCACAAUCGUCCGGCUCCGGCACAGGCACCGCCACCGCACAAGACCCGAGCCAUUGCCAACGAGUAUGCCGGCAACAUGGGCAGCGUGUGCAAUGGGGCGUUCAAGCCGCAGGUGUCUGUCAACAGCUUCCAGGCAUAUCAGGAGCAAUUGGCCGCCAACUCCAAGUGCUCGCCGCCCAGUGCCAACAGCUCGGUGCUGUCGUCGACCAUGUUGAACAGCUCGUUGUGCAGCAACUGCAGCAACAAGGAGAAUUCGCUCAAUAGCUCGCAGCAGUUUUAUCACAACAGCAGCGGCAGCAACAACAGCAACAGCAGCAGCAGCGGCAGCAGCAGCAGCAACAGCUCCUUCAAUACAUCCUGUGAGCUGAACAACAGCUUGUGCCCUGGUGAUGUUACCUCCAGCACGGCCAUCACGCAAGCCAUGCCCUAUGCGCAGGCGGGCAAGCUUUGGUAUCGUCGUCAGGCGAGCUUCUAUCAGCAGCAGCAGCUACAGCAGCAACAGCAACAGCAACAGCAGCAACAACAACAGCAGCAACAACAGCAACAGCAACGCCAGCGCCAGCAACAGCAGCAACAGAUGACGAACUUGUUGCCACAUCAUCUGGACUCUGGACGAGAUCUCUAUGAUUUGAAUGUGGCACCGAUUAGCUCCUGCUACGAGCCACCCAAGCCCGAUACGCCGCCAUCUGAGAAACUGCCCUUCUGGAUCGAUCCCAUUUGGAGCAACCAGUCGCAGCAGCCCAAGCAAAAUUCGCUCAACAUUCGUCUGCCAGAGCUCAAGGCUCCAAAUGUCUUGCCCAUGCUGCUAUCGCCAUAUACCAUAUCCAAGCAUGUGAAUAUGAAGCGGCAGAUGUUUAACUUUGAUAAUCACGAUCGCAAGAUCGCCUAAACAUAAUCAUAAUAAUAAUAGUAAUAACAAUAAUAAUAAUCUCAACUUAGAUCUUAAGUGCCAAGUGGAAUAGUAAAACUUUCACUUUUUCAUUCCUGGUGGGUUCCUGGUGAGCCUUGAAAUUGUUACAAUUUGAUUUCAUAUCGAUAAGCAAGAUGUUGUCUCUAUUCAAAAGAAAAAAGAAAAAACACAAGAAAAAUAUUCCUUUAGCUGUAACGCAAUUUGUUAAUGCCAUUCUAUUGAUACUACGAGAAUUACGAGGAUAUAUCCCAUAAGAUUGCUUUCUUUUAUAAAUUUGUUACACGGAUCACAAUCAACACAUUUUGUAUUUUAGUCCCUAAGCUACAAAUUGUAAAUUGCUCAAAUUUGUUGGGUCGAAACGUUAGAAAAAAUAUAUAUAUUUUUUGAUCGAGUUA